UCACUGUGUAAUUUGACGUAUGAGCGAAGUGUCUCCAGUAAUUUCAAGAAUGGAUCUUCUUCUGCUUCUGUCCCUUGCAGUGAUUAUUGUUGUUUUAAUUGUUGGAUUGACAGUAUUGUCUCGCAAAGGUUCAAAAAAAUCAAAAGUUGAUCCACCAGUACAAGGACCUCCUGGUCAACGAGUUCGCCGAGUUGCGGGAGUGAGAAAUGCUCGACAGCGAGUCCGAGGAAAUGAACCUCAACCACAAGUCGAUCAUGCUCCGCAAAAUAGAUCCGAUGACGAGGAAAACCUCGAGGGGGAGGAAAAAAGUGACCUCGCUGAUGGAAAAUUAGGGGCGAAGAAGAGGGCAAAAUUGGAAGCAAAAGCUGAAAAGAAAGCUCAGAGGGAAAUUCUAGAUCGUGAGCGAGAGGAUCGAAAAAAAAGGGAGCAAAUACUUCAAGAGGAAAGAGAUAAGCAGAGUGAAAAGGAACGCGAGGAAGAGAAACGAAAAGAGGAAGCUGAAAAGAAAGCCAGAGAGGAAAAAGAAAAACAAGAGUACGAGGAAUAUUUGAAAAUGAAGGAGGCCUUUAGUGUUGAGGAGGAAGGCUUUGAGGAAAAGGACGAGGAAGAACAGAAGAAUUUAUUGCAGGAUUUUAUAGAUUAUAUUAAACAGAAUAAGGUUGUUAUUUUGGAGGAUCUCGCUGGUCAUUUUUCGCUAAAAACAGCGAGUGUUAUCGACAGAAUUCAUGAUCUGCAGGCUAGUGGUACGUUGACUGGAGUCAUUGAUGAUCGAGGAAAAUUUAUUUAUAUUUCGCAGGAAGAACUCGAAGCUGUCACGAAAUUUGUUCGGCAACGAGGUCGAGUUAGUAUUACUGAAUUAGUUGAACAUUCCAAUCGAUUGAUUAAUUUAAAACCUUGCAGUGCGGUAGAGGCUCAAUAAAGUUUAUUUUUACAUUUAAA